AUGUUCGAGAAGGUGACGAAACCCAGCGAGACCGUCGUUCGGAACGUCUCCAGAUUCCUUUAUCAGGCUGAAGCCUUAUUUGGCGGUAUCAUCCUUGGUAUCGUCAGCUGGUACCUCUCCCACUGGCAGGACACCGAAAGGUAUCCUGGCGCACGGCUGUGCUUCACUGAAAUCUUUGCUGGCUUUGCCAUCAUCUACGGAAGCAUCCUUAUCUGGACCUACAACUGGUUCCCCUAUCUCUUUGCGGUGAUCAAUUUCAUCUUCAGCCUGGCAUUCUUCUCUGCCUUUGGCGCUCUGAUUGAAUGGGACUGUGACAAAAACUGGGUCGGAUGGAAAGCGAACAUUGGCGGGUCAUACAAGGCUUGUUGGAAGGCCACCGAGGCUUUCACCUUCAUCGCCGCCUUCUUCUUCCUUGUCAGCACCGUCUUUGCCUGUAUGACCACAUCCGCCACGACCGAGCACCACAUGCCCAUGUAUCACAGGAAAGCCAGCGGAACCAGCAGCACCCCUGAGACCCAAGUCUAA